CCGUCCGACGCACACGCACGCAAUCUCAUUCGAAUACGCGCCGCCACCGUGUCCGUGUGUACGUGUGUACGUGUGUGUGUGUGUACGUGUGUGUGUGAUUGCUCGCCCGUCGACGACGACGACGACUCGCGACGCGCGACGUACGGAAGACCCGAGACCACACUCGACGACGCCACCGCCUCGCGCACACCGCACGACACCCGUCGCAGCCGCCGACAUAUUCGUGAGUUGAGCUGCUCGCGCGCGCGACAGGCCGUCCUCAUCGCUGUCCCGUUGGUGUUUACCCGUCGUCGUCGUCGUCGUCUCCCGACCGCUGCUUUUUGUCCACGCCAGACACCUCGUCACGGCGGUUAGCUUUCCCGCGAGCGACACUGCCGCCGCCGCCGCCGCCGCCGCCGAAGCUCCACACGCGCCGCUAAACAACACAAAGAAUAUGUUUUGUCAAUUUCAAUGCAUUUAAAUUUUCCUGGACAAUUAAAGUAUUGCUACAAUUAUACUAAGUCCAUACAGUUAUGUUGGAAGCUAGAUUGUUAGCUGCUGAUCGGGAAUCAGCUACUUGGCAAGGCAAGUCGGCAGCAAAUAACAUACGUCCACCGCCACACACACCUCAUCAUCAUCACAUGUCAGCUAUGAGACCAGUAAAUAAAUCCAACCAAGAAGAUAAUUGUUAUGUUGUGGCUAAAUACGACUAUGUUGCACAAAGUGCCCAAGAAUUAGAUUUACGAAAAAACGAUCGCUAUUUAUUAUUGGAUGAUUCAAAACAUUGGUGGAGAGUUCAAAAUGCUCGUGGAUUUUCAGGUUAUGUGCCAAGCAACUAUGUGAAGAAAGAAAAGCCUUCUCUCUUUGAUAGCAUAAAGAAAAAAGUUAAAAAAGGUGCAGGUAACUCUAGCACUGGUAGCAAAACAUUGCCAUGUAGUAGUCAUGGCAAUGGUCGUACUGUGAGUGAAUCUCCUUCAAUGGCCAGACGUUUACCAGCUGAUCCAUCUGAAGCAAUAGGUACAGCGCUAGUAAAGUAUAACUACCAAGCUCAACAACCUGACGAAUUAUCUUUAAUCAAAGGAACAAGAAUAUUAAUUCUUGAAAAGAGCAAUGAUGGUUGGUGGAGAGGUCAGAGUGGUUGUAUGGCAGGUUGGUUUCCUAGUAAUUAUACCACUCAAGAAGAUGACAAUAAUGGAGAUGACAUGGGCCUCCACACAUACGCAAUGGCUGAGAAUGUGUUGGACAUUGUUGUCGCCUUAUAUCCAUUCACAGGUACAUCUGACCAGGAAUUGAGCUUUGAAAAAGGUGACCGCCUGGAAAUUUUGGAAAGACCUGCUGCUGAUCCAGAAUGGUACAGAGCUAGGAAUGGCCAGGGCCAAAUUGGCUUAGUACCAAAAAAUUAUUUGCAGGAACUCAGUGAAUAUUUAGCACAACCAUUGAUUCAAGCUGCCAGUAGUGUACAAGUUAUUGAUAAACCUCAUCUGGUGGGAAAACCAUGGUACUAUGGAACAAUUACUCGAGCUCAAUGUGAUACAGUAUUGAACAACAAUGGACAAGAUGGCGAUUUCUUAGUUAGAGACAGCGAGACUAAUGUAGGAGAUUAUUCAGUGUCUUUAAAAGCACCAGGACGUAAUAAACAUUUCCGAGUGCAUGUCGAAGGAGCGUUGUAUUGUAUUGGUCAACGUAAGUUUCAUACUCUUGAUCAACUUGUAGAUCAUUAUCAACGAGCUCCGAUAUAUACCAAUAAGCAAGGAGAAAAAUUGUUUUUGGUCAGAGCAUUGCCUCGAGCAAAUCCAUAAUGAUUUAAACAUCGAACAACGAAAACCGUAAAACAAAUUGAUGUGAAUUUAUAUCAAGAAAAGUUAUAAUUUUAUGAUAUUACAUAGAAGUGAACUCUCCAUACGUUUAAUAAUUAUAAUAAGGAAUCAAGAUAUAUUAAAUGUGUUAAAUAACAAUUAUAAGAACUAUUCAAUAGACAGACUAGUCAUUUAAUAGGUUUUCCCAAAUUAUUUUAUAAAUUUGUUAUCUUUUUGAUUUUUUUUUUUUUUUGAACAUUUGUUUCUUUGAAAACAUAUGAAUCUUAUUUCAAAUACCUCUUUUUUUUUUGUUAUAAAAUAAUUAUUAUUUCUUCAUAGUUUGUGUCGUUCCAUAACCAAUCAUUUCAGUGUUAAAUAAAAUAGUGAUAUGACUUGCUCUUGUUCUAUUCAUAAUCUGCUGUGAAAAUGUGAUAACGAUUUGUAUUGCUAUUUUGUAUUUCGACUUUUAUAAAAUUAUAUUAGUUUUAAUAAUAUUAUACGGUAUAUUGUCAUUAUGUAAAUGUAAAUAAUGUAAUUAAUAAUAAUUAUUAUUAUUAGCAUACAGUAGUUAAACAUUAAGAAAUUUAUCCUCUGCUCUAAAUGUUGAACAAGUUUCUUAUGAAAGUAAAGAAAAAAUCAAAUAAUUAAACAAGAAAAUUUAAAUCAUAAUUUUUUAUUUGUUUAAUUCUUUUAUUUUUACUAUUUAAGUAAGUUUAAUAUAAUAACACGCUACUAUUAUCCAAUAUUUCUAAGUACCUUAUAAAAACUAUCACUACUAGUCAUAACCGUGUAUUUUAAAUAAUGUAUAUGGUUACAAACAAUUAAUGUUUGAAAAAUGCCUAUUUAAUGUACAUCACUGUGUUAUAUAAUAAUUUUGUAAACAGAAUAGUGCUUUUUAUUCAGAUCUCGUCUAUAUGUAUAAAAAAUGUAUAUGAACAUUCAGACUUGAUGAAUUUAUUCAUCGAUUUACUACACCAAAUAUCAUCUUUAAUAAGUUUAUUAAUAGUAUAUGAAUCUAUAGUUAUGUAAAACGAUGCUCUCUUGAAAGGGUGUUGACAUUUUUGUUUUCUCUUUUUUUUUAUGACUCGUAGGCAGCAUAAUUGUAUUUAGUAAAAUUCAUUACACUGUAUGUAAUUUUUCUAUCAUUAUGUUUAAUCAUAUUAACAGUAAUCUUACUAUUUAAUUAUUAUAUACUUUAUUUCAAUUUUUUUUUUAUUUUUAUUUUUUUUUUUUUUUAAUCAGAUGUGUCAACUAUUUGGAUCAUUAAUCUUAUGGUCUAGUUAUUCCUAUAAUAUAAUAAUAAUAAUAAUAAUAUGUGUAUUACGAAGUACAGUUAGGUGUCCUAAAACAUCGAUAUACAUUUUGUGGUUAUCGAAUAUUUUUUAAAAUGUGUUGUAAAACGAUAAUCUGAAUUUGACUAGGUUUAGAAUUUUGUAUGUUUUUAUUGAUUCAAAAAAAGAUAUUUUGAUGUGUAUAAUAUA